AUGGUGCCCCACUAUGGCUAUAGAAGUAGCCUUCAUCUCCAGUCACACAGAGUUCGAUCGGGAGCGGGAGCGGAGAGCGGACCCCAGAGAGCCCCGAGCAGCGUCACCGCGGCCGCCGGCCUAGUUACCGUCACAGCCCGGGAGGAGCCGCAGCUGCCGCAGGGGGCCCCAGUCACCGUCGCCGCAGCCACGAGCAGCGAGGCCGAGACCCGGCAGCCGCCCGCCGCCCCGCCCUCCGCCCUCCGCGCUGCCAUCCCCAAGCCCCGCACGACGGGCAGCGGCGGCGCAGGGCGCGGCGGCCCGGGCGGCCUCACACCGGCGGCGCCUGCCGGCGGGGACGAAAAUGCCAUCGCAUGGAAGGUUUGGGGAAGAGCAAAAUGGUUCAGUGUGAGAAACAGGUGUGGUUUCAUCAACAGGAAUGACACCGAGGAAGAUGCAUUUGUUCACCGGACUGCCGUAAAGAAGAACCCCAGGAGGUACCUUCGCGGUGUAGGAGAUGGAGAGACUGUGGAGUUUGAUGUCGUUGAAGGAGAAAAGGGUGCGGAGGCAGCAAACGAUGCAGGCCCGGGGGCGGUUCCAGCGCAAGGCGGUAAACGUGCCGCAGAGCAUAACCAUUAUAGACGCUCUCCACGUCGCAGGGGUCCUCCCCGCAACUACCAGCAGAAUUACCGGAAGAGUGAGAGUGGGGAAAAGACGGAGGGAUCUGAGAGUGCCCCCGAAGGCCGGGCCCGACAGCGCCGGCCCUACCGCAGGCGAAGGCGCCCGCCUUACUGCAUGCAGAGACCCUAUGGACGUCGAGCACAGCGUUCCAACCCUCCCGUGCAGAGAGAAGUGAUGGAGGGUGCUGACAACCAGGGCGCAGGAGAACAAGGUAGACCAGUGACACAGAAUAUGUAUCGGGGUUAUAGACCACCGUUCCGCAGGGGCCCUCCUCGCCAAAGACAGCGCAGAGAGGACGGCAGUGAAGAAGAUAAGGAAAAUCGAGGAGAUGAGACCCAAGGUCGGCAGCCACCUCAACGUCGGACCGCCGCAACUUCAAUUACAGGCGCAGACGCCUGGAAAACCCUAAACCAUAAGAUGGCAAAGAGACAAAAGCAGCAGAUCUACCAGCUGAGAAUUCGUCCUCUCCCGAGGCUGAGGAGGGCGAGGCUGAGUAAAUGCUGGCUUACCAUCUCUACCAUCAUCCGGUUUAGUCAUCCAACAAGAAGAAAUGAAUAUGAAAUUCCAGCAAUAAGAAAUGAACAAAAGAUUGGAGCUAAAGACUAA